GGCUAAUCCAGGCGGACAAAAAGAGGCAGAAAAACCUGAAUCACUUUAACAGUUUCCUGGAAAAUUUACAUCGUUUAACGUGAAGACACGCAAAGUACCGACGAGAAUCAAAAGGAGCGUUCUGGUUGUUUACCCCGGGAGGGGAAGCUGCUAGCAUACUGAGGUAACAGCUAGCGUCAGGACUUUGACAGCUGAGCAGGAGUAAAGGCAUGUUUGGAGACGUUUGAUAAGAUGUCAGACAGCGAAGCUUCUCGUACGGCAGCUGAGGGCUCGGAGGCUCCAGAGGAUCAGGAUGCUUCUCCCGCCGGAACGCCUGACGGCUCCUCGCCGACCGCACCCGACAACUCGACCGACGUGGCCCCGACGAGGAAAGCCAGGAGGAGACCUGAAGCCAAACCUGCAGCCCCCGUUGAAGACACACCGAAAGUGGAGGAGCAGCCGGCAAAGACUCUCGCUGAGUCGACAGUGUCUCAGGGCGGUUGGGGAUACUGGGGCAGUUGGGGCAAAUCCAUCCUAUCCACAGCAACGGCUACUGUGACCACAGUAGGCCAAGGGCUCACUCAGGUGAUCGAGAAGGCUGAGACGUCUCUGGGAAUCCCGAGUCCGACCGAGCUGUCUGCUCAGGUGGAGGAGGAGGAGAAGGAGCAGGAUUCUCCUGCUGGAGGCGACGGCAGCGAUGAGGCGGUCAAAGCAGACGUCGACGGACCGUCGGCGGUGGGAAGCGCGAUGGGAAUGUUGUCGUCGCUCACCAGCGUUGUCCAGAACACGGGUAAGACGGUGAUAACAGGCGGCCUGGAUGCUCUGGAGUUCAUCGGGAAGAAGACGAUGGACGUGAUCGCAGAAGGCGAUCCGGGCUUUAAGAAGACCAAAGGGCUGAUGAACAGGAACGCCACUCUGUCUCAGGUGUUGCGGGAGGCGAAGGAGCGAGAGGAGCUGCAGACGGCGGAGACAGAGUCGACGGAUUCGGAGAAGAAGGUGGUCGCUCACUACGGGAUGCUGUUUGAUGAAUUCCAGGGGCUGUCGCACCUCGAAGCUCUGGAGAUUCUGUCUCGAGAGAGCGAGUCGAAGGUGAAGUCGGUGCUGAGCACUCUGUCGGGAGAUGAGCUGGUUCGGCUCAGAGAAGAGCUCGACGGCAUCAAGGACUCGUUCUCCUUGGUGGAGUUCGAUGACGAGGAAGUCGACGAGAAGAAAGAUGAGGACGGCUCGGAGUUUGAGAAGGAGUUAACGGAAGCCAUGGAGGGUCUCAGUGUCUCACCUGACAAGCUCAGCAAGGCCUGUAAGAGCGCCUGCAGCCAGAUCACUGGUAUGACCAAACCAGAGCCAAGCGACGAAGAGGAGGACGAGACAAAAGAAGUCUCUGUGGAGGAGGUCCACGCUGCGGCUAUCAGGAGUCUGGCCGAGCUGACGGCGCGAUCCAUCGAGCUUUUCCACAAACUGGCCGAGAUGAUCCUGUUCUCCAACGGCAGCACCGAGGCCAGCGUCCUGUCACAGUUGACUGUGAUCCUGUGUAAAGAACUCUCUCUGCUCUCCAAGAAGUUCACCUCCUGCCUAACAACAGCAGGGUCCAACGAGAAGCGAGACGUCCUGAACCCGCUGAUUACAGGAGUCUUUCUAGAGGCGUCCAACAGUGCAUCUUACAUCCAGGAUGCCUUCCAGCUCCUCAUGCCCAUCCUGGAGAUUUCUCACAUCCAGAGGAGAGCCGAGUCCAGCGAGCAGUGACGUCUCUUUCGUCCUGCAUCGCCACCAUGACACCCAGACUCAAAAACAACAUCAUCACAUCAGCUUUUUUUCAGGCAAAAGUCAUCCUGGGAGGAGAAGUGUGUUCUUGUCGAACAGUGUUAACUUUCUGCUGGUUUAUUUGUGAAGAUGAACUCCAGCAGAAGAAGGUCUGGAUCUGCCACCUCUUGUCUAAGGGAUAUUACAGAAGGAGCAACUUGUCAUUGUUAUUUCAACAAGUGCACUACUUUUUUUUUUUUUUUUUUUUUUUGACAGCAUUCAUGUGCUUCACUUCAAAAUUUCAAAUCUGCCUCAAAGAACAUUCAGCCCAGAAGAAAGUCAUACGAUGUGAAACAUUGGUGGUAAUUUGUUUAUUAGUGGCUUAAGAAAACAUAUUGAAAGAUAUAUUAACGAGAUAUUCUCUCUUUACUGCUUAGAUGUUUGGUUCUCUCCUCAUAUCGUUUUUAAAUGCCGUCAUUCAACUUAUCUGUGGUUCUUUAAACUUUCUGUCGUCUUUGUAGCUACGAUAAACUACAAUAAUCUGAGAAAACUGGGUCCUAGCUCCCCCUAAAAGCCUUCAAUUAAUUCUCAAAAUCUCCAAAAGAUUAUAGUUUGUUUGAUUUUCCAUAAUCUUCAAAUUAUGAGCAGACUGGCUGUUGUUAGCGUAACGUGAUGUACAUGUACAGCCAGCUGCUUGAAGAUGAACAACAAUUCAUUUUUAGUGGAUUUGUACAUCAGUAUCAGUUAAAAAUAUAUAUUUUCUAUUGUUUUCGGAGCCCAACAUAACUCAAAAUACGUGCUUUCUGUCUUUAGACGACCUCUGGAACCAGAUUGAAUUCAGAUUUUAGGCUCGACCUGAUGACUUCUACAGUCACACAGCUUGAAUAUUUAACCUUUAGGCCUCGGCAUUAAGAAAAAUCUGCAUUUUAAAAAUCAAUAUAAAGAGUUUUCAAUGUUGUCUUAAUAGUUCCAAUGAUGCUGCAUUUUCAAAAAGCUGUUUCCCUUCUGUUCAAGUCAAAUAAAUACAAAGCAAUGGAUGCAGCGGCCGUAGUACGUAGGAAGUACUGACCGAACCACAAGCUUCAUCCUGUUGUUCUGUUUCCAACCUUCAUCCUUCCCAGUCCCUGGAUUUAACUGACAAAAGUUGUACAUUUCAGUAUUUUAAGCCAUUUACUGUCAUCUAAUCUAACUUCAGGUGUUUAUGUGACGAAGCAGCUUCUCUCUGCCAUGAAGACGGUGAAAUACUAACAGCUGUGUGUUGUGGACAUGUGAAGGCAUGUGAAAGCAAUAUAUACAAAUAUACUGUACCGUAUGUCAGGUGUUUCAGGUGGUUUUCAAAUAAACGUGUUUUCGUAGAGCUGU